AUGGGGGCCGACAGCGCAAGACGUGACGACCGUCGGAACGACCGGGACGAUCGCCGAGGCGAUAGCCGCAGCCGACGUGAAGAUCGCUACGAUCGCCGAGUCACCGUCGCAAGUACGUCGGUCGACGAGCUCUAUGACGCCUGGCAAGACCGCAUGUCUCUCACGCCUCGUCGCCGUGUCGACUCAGAUGAUUACUCGGAGGGAAGCAAUCAUUCCGACUGCUCAUACAACUCCGAGUAUGAAUCAGAAAAUGAUCACAUGGAUGUGGCUGAGACGGGCCGGAGUGUCGCAACUCAGCGAUCAGACGGUCAGAGUCGCGCGAAUGUACCGGGCGACGGACGUCGGGACGAAGGCCGCCGAAGCCGAUGGAACGACCAAGAACGCCGUGGACGUCCGGAGUAUGGGCCGUGCGCCGCGUGCGGCGACCCACGUCACUCGGUGCACAAGUGCUUCCGGCGGUGCAAGUUUUGCACGCAGGUGCAUGGUGCUGGCCAGUGCGAGCACCACAAGCUCUACGAGGAGGCUGUGAAGUUCCUGAAGUCGAAGCACGACAAGGACUCCCUUCCGUCCGAGCUCCAAGGCAUAUUUUCCAGCAAUUUAAACGAGCGCGCCCGCCAACUAUAA